UUGGCCAAUAAUGGAUACAGCUCAACACAAGCUAAGACGCGCGUCCACUCUAUAAAAACCACUUGCUUCAUUCUUCUUUAUAUCUCCGCAUCCUCUUCGGUCCUUAGAUAUAAUUAGUUUGUUUAGUUUAAGAGCUCAUAAAAAAUGUCGUCGUUUAGGGUCGUUCCCAUGUUGAGCUUCUUCGCAUUCACCACCACCAUAUUAUUCGGAGCUUCAAAGGCUCAGCUAUGUUCUACGUUCUAUGACGACACGUGCCCUGACGUUUUUACCAUCGUCCGUAGUGUGAUCGAGCAAGCUGCUUUGAGUGACGUCAGAAUCGGAGCCAAACUCCUCCGUCUUCACUUCCACGAUUGUUUUGUUGAUGGCUGUGAUGGGUCAAUAUUGUUGGACAAUGCAGAUGGGAUUGUAUCUGAGAAGCAAGCAGUUCCCAACAAUAAUUCGGUGGCUGGAUUUUCCGUCGUUGACGACAUUAAAGCAGCCCUCGAAGAGGCCUGCCCCGGUGUUGUCUCUUGCGCCGACAUUUUGGCCAUCGCUGCUGAAGCUUCUGUUUGUUUGGCUGGAGGCCCAACAUGGGAGGUUCAAUUGGGAAGAAGAGAUAGUAGGAAAGCAAACCCUGAGGAGGCUCAGAAAAUUCCAAAUCCUAGAGAAGGACUCGCCAACAUUACCGCCAAGUUCGCUUCUAAGGGACUUGAUAUUACUGAUGUCGUUGCUCUGUCUGGUGCACAUACGUUUGGGAGGGCAAGGUGCUUACUGUUCCAAGAUCGCUUAUUCAACUUCAUGAACACUACCAAACCUGAUUCAACCCUAGAUGCUUCUUUCUUGCAAACCCUUCGCCAAGCAUGCCCUCGAGGUGGUAACCCAUCUUCCUUGAACAACCUUGACUUCUCCACUCCUGAUACCUUCGACAAAAACUACUUCUCUAACCUUCAGACCAAUCGUGGACUUCUCCAGUCCGAUCAGGAGCUCUUCUCUGCUGCCGACACCAUCGAUCUUGUCAACAAUUUCGCCGCCAGUCAAAGCCAGUUCUUCGAUAGCUUUGCUCAGUCCAUGAUCAAUAUGGGAAACAUUAAUCCUUUGACUGAUGACGAAGGCGAGAUUAGAACUAAUUGCAGGAGGGUCAAUUAGAGUGCCAUCUAUAGUCUAUGUAAAGACUAUGCUUUGUCAUAUAUAUAAUUUGUAUCCACAAAUGUUCUUGCAGUAAGCUAAAUAAAGGGAGAGAAAUUAAAGUAAUGGUCUUAUUCUGUGAUGAUAUGAGACCUUUGUUUGUCCAAUUAUUUGAAAUUGAUAAUUACUACGUACUGUGAUGAAUUAUUUGUAGGUCUUUGUCAUGUAUUUGCAAGUUGACUGGGUCCUCCUCAGCAGUGUAUAGGGGCAAUACAUAGGCCCCACCCAACAUGCCUGCCUGCAUGAUCAUCUUCAUC